UGGGGGGCGGGGAGUGGCGCACACUCUGAACCCAGUGCUCUCAGUUUCGGCGGCAGCAGUUUCUCCCCGCCCGGAGGGGACAGGGGGCGCCCUCCGUCAGCCCCACUUUCCUUCUUAUCCUGCAGUCGUGCCCUGCAACCUUCGGCCGCGCGCUCCCGCCGACCCGCCCGCACCCAGCCCGCAGCGCCGCGCCUGAAGCGAAUGGAAGGGCUUCAGAGGAGCAGAUACGGAACCAUGGCUGAAGGCGGGAUAGAACAUCAGGGCUUUGAACCCUCCUCCUCCUUGAGGAUCAUCCUGGUAGGGAAAACAGGCAGUGGGAGAAGUGCCACCGGGAACAGCAUCCUCUGCCAGCCCGUGUUUGAGUCCAAGCUGGGGGCCCAGUCGGUGACCAGGAAGUGUCAGAGGGCAACAGGCAUGUGGAAUGGGAGGAGCAUCCUGGUGGUGGACACGCCCCCCAUCUUUGAGGCUGAGGCCCAGGGUCAAGAGGUGUACCAGAACAUUGGAUCCUGCUAUCUGCUGUCAAUGCCAGGGCCCCACGUGCUGCUGCUGGUGACCCAGCUGGGGCGCUUCACCAAGCAGGACGCGGUGGCUGUGACCAGGGUGAAGGAGGUCUUUGGGGCGGGAGCCGAGAGAUACAUGGUCGUCCUCUUCACCCACAAGGAGGACUUGGCGGGUGCAUCCUUGGAUGAGUACGUGGCAAACACAGACAACCUCAGGCUGAGGAGCCUGGUCCGGGAGUGUGGGCGGAGAUGCUCCAGCAGAUGGGGGGUGGCGCCAGUGGAGAAGGUUACAGGCACUACCUGGACAAGGUACGGCUGCAGGUUGCAAAGCAAAAGGAAGGCCUGA